AUGAGAUCUCUUGCAGUCAUUGCAACGCUGUGCGGCCUUUCUGCAGCGUGGAUGCCCGGUGUUGACAGGAACAUCUACUCGAAAGAAGGGGCAAACCUCUUUAAAAGGAUAUCUCCAAUCACAAAGCGAACGCUGCCUACAUCAGGAAAGAUUAGAGGUGUUAACUUGGGCUCGCUUUUUGUCUUUGAACCAUGGAUUGCUGAGAAUACAUGGAGCAAUAUGGGCUGUGGGAACCAGGCUUCCGAGUUUGACUGUGUGAUGAACGUUGGCCAAGCAGCCGCGAAUACCAGCUUUUCUAACCACUGGGAUUCCUGGAUCGUCGAAGAGGACUUUAUCAAUAUGACUACUUAUGGUCUAAAUACUGUCCGUAUUCCAGUGGGUUAUUGGCUGCGUGAAGACAUUGUGUAUACAGACAGCGAGCACUUUUCUCAAGGGGGUUUGUCAUACCUGGAGCAGGUCUGUGGAUGGGCUAGUGAUCAUGGACUUUAUAUUAUCAUCGACCUGCAUGGUGCACCCGGUGCACAGGUAGCCCAGAAUGCGGACACGGGCCAAUACGCCUCUUCUCCCGGAUUCUACGUUGACUAUCAAUUCGAGAGGGCUCUUGAAUUCCUGGAGUGGAUGACCACAAAUAUUCACACCAACAACAACUUCAGGAACGUGGGUAUGCUAGAAAUCGCGAACGAGCCAGUGCAAGACCCUAAUUCAGUUGGAGAACUCACCUCUUCAUACUACCCUAAUGCGUUCACUAGAAUCCGCGCCGCCGAAGCUGCUUUGAAUAUUUCUCAAGGGAAUGAACUACACAUCGAGAUGAUGAAUGAGAAGUGGGGAUCUGGUGACCCUACCCAAUAUUUAACAGACAAUUGGUACGCCGCAUAUGACGAUCAUCGUUAUUUAAAAUGGGACACCAGUGUCCCGGUGACCCCGGAUGACUACCUCAAUACAUCUUGCAACGACGAUCGGGGUGGCAAUUGGCCUACUAUUGUAGGUGAAUGGAGUUUAAGUCCGCCAGAUGAUGUUCAAUGGAAUUCCGACUGGGAUCCCAGCACGAACCAAGCCUUCUACCAAAAAUGGUUUGCAGCGCAGGUAAUGACUUAUGAGAAACAAGAAGGCUGGGUGUUUUGGUCGUGGAAGUCAGAACUUGGAGAUUAUCGCUGGUCAUAUCAGGACGCAGUGGCUGCCGGCGUUAUUCCCACAGAUCUGGACUCCCUUUACAAUCUUGGCGUGUGUUAA